AUGCUUCGUGCUAGAUGGAAGCAGCUUACUGAUGAGGAGAAACGUUUGAACAAUGACAAUGCACGAAUCUGGGAGGAUCUUCAAAAAGCCAGAAAUGAUCUCGAUGAGGAGACUAUUGGCCGUAUUGAUUUCCAAAACCAAGUACAAACUCUUAUGGAGGAACUCGAAUUCCUUCGCAGAGUCCACGAACAGGAAGUCAAGGAGCUGCAGGCACUUCUCGCACAAGCACCAGCCGAUACCCGUGAAUUCUUCAAGAAUGAAUUGGCUUUGGCCAUCAGGGAUAUCAAGGAUGAGUACGAUUACAUUGCUAAACAGGGUAAACAGGAUAUGGAAAGCUGGUACAAACUCAAGGUGUCCGAAGUACAAGGCUCAGCAAAUCGUGCUGCUAUGGAAUCGACAUACCAACGCGAGGAGGUGAAAAGAAUGCGCGACAAUAUUGGCGAUCUUCGUGGAAAACUUGGCGAUCUCGAAAAUAAGAACGCACUGCUUGAAAAGGAAGUACAGAAUCUCAACUAUCAGCUUAGCGAUGAUCAACGACAAUACGAAAUGGCCCUUAAUGAUCGUGAUGCUACUCUUCGCCGAAUGCGUGAGGAAUGCCAGACAUUGGUUGCCGAAUUGCAAGCCUUGCUCGAUACCAAACAGAUGUUGGAUGCGGAAAUCGCUAUCUACAGAAAGAUGUUGGAAGGAGAAGAGAGUCGUGUUGGUUUACGUCAAAUGGUCGAACAGGUUGUAAAGACACAUUCAUUGCAACAACAAGAAGAUACCGAUUCGACACGUUCUGUACGUGGCGAAGUCUCCACCAAGACCACAUUCCAACGUUCUGCAAAGGGAAAUGUCACCAUUGCCGAAUGCGACCCUAAUGGCAAAUUCAUCACCCUCGAGAAUACUCAUAGAACAAAGGAUGAGAAUCUGGGUGAGCACAAGCUGAAGAGAAAAUUAGAUAAGGGACGCGAAAUCGUAUUCACUAUUCCUCCCAAUACCGUAUUGAAGGCCGGCAAAACGAUGAAGAUCUAUGCACGUGAUCAGGGAGGUAUCAACAACCCACCAGAAUCGUUGGUAUUCGAAGCUGAAAACACGUGGGGUAUCGGUGCCAAUGUCGUCACCUCACUUUACAACAAAGAAGGCGAAGAACGUGCUACGCACACACAGAAGACCAUUCAGACCGGCAUCUAA